UUCAGUAACAUAACCUCAAAACAAAACUCAAAUCAAAACUUUUACGAAAGUAAAUAGUGUGUUUAUUUAUUUUGUUUGUUUUAAAGUUUUAAGAAUGGCAGAAGAAAAUGGAACUGCUGAUACUGUUGAGGAAGUUCCUAAAGUCGAAGAUGAGAAAGUUGAAGAAGAAUAUGCGUAUUUAGAUCGAGGAGGUUUCUCUUCUGAAAAGUUUAAAAUUGAACUGCGUGGCCUGCCGAAAUUUUACGGAAUAGCGGAAUUAAAAAAGUUGAUGAACCAGAAACUAGGGUUGAAAACUAGUAAAAUCAAAAGGCCUAGGAAUGGCAGCCAGUGGUUGUAUGCAUGUUUCCAAAAUGAUGAGGAUCGGAAGAGUGCAGUCGAAGCACUCAAUGGUUAUUCAUGGAAAGGAAAGACCCUAAUAGCUGAAGAAGCGAAACCCGCCCCAGAUCCAUUAGUUAGAAAGAGAAAGCAAGAUGAAGAAGUUGGUCAGAAUAAAAAAAAGAAAGAAGAGGACAACAGGAGUCAAGAGGAGAAGUUGAAGGAUGCUACCACUCCUUUUUGGAACAUUGAUUAUGAAGAACAGUUAAAACUAAAAGAAAAGGAAAUAAAGCAAAUACUAAUGAAGUUUGACAAUGAAAGGUGGAAGAUAGAUAAGAAUAGACGCAAUGAUAUUGAAGCCAAUAGAAAGAUUCAUGAUGGCCUCAGUUUUGAGCUGAGGCCGAUCCAAAAAUCCCCAGUAACAGUGGGAUAUAGGAACAAAUGUGAGUUCACAGUGGGGUAUGACGAGGAGUCCAAGUUACCCACUGUAGGGUUCAGGUUGGGCAGCUACGUAACUGGCACUGUGGCCGUCGGACCCAUACAAGAAAUGAUCCACAUCUCUGAGAAGACUAAGAAGGCUGUUUUGAUAUUUCAAGAUUUUAUCCGCAAAUCAAAGUUGGCGCCAUUCUCUCCAGCUGAUUACACAGGGUACUGGAGGUUCCUCACCGUGCGGGACUCCACCUCCACUGGUGACGUCAUGCUUAUCGUUGUUAUGCAUCCCCAAAACCUUACAGAAGAAGAGAUAGAUCAGGUGAAAAGAGAUUUAAUCGAUCAUUUUAAUUCAGAGGAAGCUGUCGCUUGCGGGAUUAAAUCUCUAUAUUUUCAACUUGUUAUCAAAAAGCGAGUAGGCGAGGACGGAUCUAAACCAGUCCAUCUAUCAGGGUCCACACAUAUCAUCGACACUAUACUCGGCAAACAGUUCAGGAUAUCGCCUGAAGCAUUUUUCCAGGUAAAUACUGCGGGUGCCGAAGUGUUAUACCAAAGUGCGAUCGAGCUGAGCCAAGUGCAGAAAGAAUCUACGGUUCUCGAUAUAUGCUGCGGUACCGGCACUAUUGGAUUGUGUUUUGCCCCGCACUGCGGCAGAGUACUAGGCUUGGAAAUGAUAACAGAGGCGGUGAAGGAUGCGCGAGCGAACGCCGAGCUGAAUGGUAUACAGAACUGUGACUUCUUCGCCGGCAAGGCCGAGGAUAUCCUGACGUCAGUGCUCGCCAGGGCUGACGGGGACGAUAUUAUUGCUAUCGUGGACCCACCUAGAGCUGGAUUACACAUGAGAGCAGUAACGCAGCUGAGGAACACCCGGAAAGUGACUCGCCUGGUCUACAUAUCGUGUAGUCCGUCAUCAGCUGUGAAGAACUUCGUGGACCUCUCGCGGCCGUCCUCGAAGACAUUGAGGGGGGCUCCCUUCGUGCCAGUACGCGCUGUACCUGUCGACAUGUUCCCGCAGACUAAGCACGUCGAAUUGGCUAUAUUGUUUGAAAGAGAGCACUUUAAAAAUAAACAUUCUCUUCUCAUCUGUACAAAAUCCCUAACACUUUUUGACUCGAUUGUACAGCAUCCCUACAUACCGUCACCUCUCUCAAUAAGACCGCGUCGCUAUAUAUCUUUGCAUAGUUGUGGUGCUGAGGGAUCUUCUCAUUGUCUCUCCGCCUGUCGGACCAGGCGGUCAGGUCUAGGAUCCAAGCAAUGUGCUAAAAUCCACCGAAUCACAAUGGUGUUAAAGUGCAUUGUAACAAUUUUAUCCCUGUAUGUGUGUCUUCAUUUCUCGUUUACAAUCAAUAGCAAUGCUGCAGACUAUAUAGCAGAAAGUGAAUCAGUGUUGGAUCCGAAUGGAGAUUUCUUACUAAAAUGGCAGAUCAACUAUGCAAUCAGGAAGAUUCAGUUCCAACUAGUGGUGUCGGAUAAGGCUCCUACGUUCUACUGGUUUGCUUUGGGCUUCUCAGACAGAGGAAACCUGAAUAAUUCUGAUGUCUGCGUGUUUUGGACCGAUUAUAAGGGGAAACAUCACUAUGAGGACAUGCAUGCGGAUGGCGAAGGGAAACUAUUACGGGAUUCACAACAAGACUGCGACAACUUCCACCCCGACCCUGACACUUGGAGCUUCUUAUUCGAGCGGUUUUUCGACACCUGUGAUGAUGACGACUAUGUUAUUGAGGACGGUACAGUCCACAUAGUUUGGGCUCACGGGACCGACAAACUAUUCUCAUCUAAAGGUCUCUGCCUCACGUGCACACCAUCACAUGACCACGGCUUCAUCAGAGUGCGUCUCUUCACCCCAGUAGGGCUGAAGCAAGUGACUGAUGCGUACCAGCUACGAGUCACUAACAAGGAUCUGAAAGUUCCUGGGGAUGACACCACCUACUGGUGUCAUGUUGUCAAGCUUCCGGAGUUUGUUACGAAGAAGAUUCAUCAUAUUAUUCAGUUCGAAUCCACUAUCACAAAAGGCAACGAAGGUCUGGUCCACCAUAUGGAAGUGUUCUAUUGCGACGCAGACCCUGACAAGGAGAUACCGCUGUAUGAAGGCAACUGCUUCGCCUCGAACCGACCAGAAAUCACCAAGACUUGUUCCAAGGUAAAAGCUGCCUGGGCAAUGGGAGCUCCACCCUUCGUGUAUCCGAAGGAGGCCGGCCUGCCUCUCGGAGGACCUAAAGCAAACAAAUACAUCAUGCUUGAAGUACACUACAAUAAUCCGGAACUGAGGAAAGACUGGGUGGACAGUUCAGGAAUAAUUCUCCACAUAUCCGGCCAGAGACGUAAGUACGAUGCGGCUAUCAUGGAACUCGGGUUGGAGUAUACGGACAAAAUGGCUAUUCCUGGAAGGCAGAAAGCGUUCCCUUUGACUGGAUAUUGUAUUCCACAGUGCACGGGCGUGGGUCUACCACCAGACGGUAUAGUGGUCUUCGGCAGUCAGUUACACACGCACUUGACAGGAGUGGCGGUCUGGACCAGGCACUCCCGGCAAGGGGUAGAACUGCCCUACCUCAACAGGGACAUACACUACUCCACACACUUCCAGGAGAUCAGAAUUCUACAUAGACCUGUUAAUGUUCUCCCGGGAGACUAUCUAGAAACAACUUGUAUUUACAAUACGGAGGAGAAGGAUAACGCUACAAUCGGCGGGCACGCCAUCACGGACGAGAUGUGUGUCAACUACUUACACUACUACCCCGCCACACAGCUCGAGGUCUGCAAGAGUGCUGUCUCUAACGCUGCCCUUGAAAGUUACUUCAAGUUUGAGAAACGAUGGGACAACAUGUCGAUCUCGUACACAGCGUCCCCCCGCAACAACUACCUGGCCAUCAAACCCUGGACACAGCUGCGCGCCAGCUCUCUGCACGCCCUCUACACCGACUCUCCGAUAUCCAUGCAGUGCAACAAAUCUGAUGGCAGUCGAUUCCAGGGCGACUGGGAAGGAAUAAGGGUGCCAAGGAUCAAGUUGCCCCUGCCGGCUGAACAAAGGAUGUGCCCUGAUAUGAUGAUUGAAAAAUAAAUGUUAUGCCAUUCUUAAUAAUAGUUUUUAAAAACGUUAAAUUUAAGGGUUGCAUACAAUAAAAUAUCGGUUUUUAGAUGUUAAAAGUAGCACAAAAUCUACUGUAAAAUCUGGUUAUUUGGGGUCAACUUAAAAAGUAAAGAUGUAAUCCUGCUCCAGGGCUGUAAGUCUUGGCAAUGAAUGUAGUAGAAUUUGGUCACUAAUUUAGAAGUGCUAUCGAUGAAUUUUCAAUUUUAUGAUUAAAAAAUCUAUUGAGAAAGGACAUCAACCAGGGGCCUUAGUCUGCUAUUACAAUUGUGUCAGAACGGUCGAUCAUUGAGCAGUGCGAGAGGGACGGAGUUAUACAACCUACAUAGCUCCGUCUCUCUUGCACUGCUCAGUGAUCGACCAUUCUGACACAAUUGUAAUAUAUAUAGGCCCCUGUUCUGCAUUUAGAACUUGCAUCAAGUAGUGUAAAUGUUUCACUUACAUGCAUAUAAUAUAUUACUAUGUACUUAGUAUUUGAUCUAUGUGAAAAUAAAAUACUCGUAAGUAUCAUUAUUUAUGUGAUUGUUGUUUUAACAAUAAUGUGAUAAUUUUAUGAGUGAACUUUGUGAUAAAAAUUUAAUGUUAUAUGUAGUAAACUAUUAAUGUGGAAACACACGUAGAAUAUUAUUAUUAUAUAGGUUACAUUAUUGUAAUAAUGUUAUAUUACUUGACUAAAUAUGAACGUCUGCUUACAAUUUUUCGAUUAAAAAUGUAUAUUACAAUUAGAAAUAAAAAUGUGACGUUACACAAUAAUAAAUACAUGAAUGUACAGUAGAAGUUUUAAAAUAAAAACUGAAUACCUAGCUUU